UGUUUGUGGAAUUUUAAAUGGUACAUUGAAGAGUGUAAUGAUACCAUGAGACUUAGGUAUCUUCAAUCGGCUUGCGAUUUAUUUGGCUUACCGUGGUCUUGAUACUGUAUUUUCACAUCAACAGACUCAUCAUUGAACGCCUGUAUCUUUCUAAUACACAGAACUGGUGAAAAAUAAACAGUACGGUAAGUUGAGUUGUAUCAAAUUUCGCUGAUGUGCGAAAUUGCCUCGGAUACUACCUUGUAUUGCUGUGUGCCUCUCCAAUAACAUCAGCUUCCCAAGCCAGGUAUAGGAUCUUGAGCUGAGCACGCAUCCUUCAAUCUUCAAUUUACCUUUCAACCUCACAAGUAUUUACAGGCUACAAGAUGGUUUCCAAUAGAUAUAGUCGUGAAGGCAUUGAUGAGCACACAGAACUCUUCCAACCGCAGCUUCCAAUCCUCACGCGCGCAUGGUACUUCAUUCAGCUAUGGGGACUGAAGAUAGCUAUUGUGAUAACCUUCAGAAUCCUGCGCUUUCUACGACCAGUACCUCUAGAAGCUCGACCUACGAAGCUCUUGGCAUAUCCAUGUCGACCCAAUCUGCCAACGCGAAUCUUUAUUCCAACAUCGAAGCAAGCUGACAAUGAACCGCUUCCAUUAUACUUGGAUCUUCACGGCGGAGGACAUGCUUUGAUGUUUGCAGAAUUCGACGACGAGAUCUGUGCGACGAUUGCGAAUCGUUUGAACGUUAUCGUUGUGAGCAUCGAGUAUAGUCUGACACCAUCGAAUAGAUUUCCGACAUUAACAAACGACAUUGUUGCUAUCGCGCAAGCCACAAUCAACAAUCCCGACCUGAACAUUGACAAGUCGCGUGUUGUAUUGGGAGGUUUUAGUGCAGGAGGAAACUUGGCUUUAUCUGCGGCUCAAAUACCUGAUUUACGGGAAAAAUUGAAUGCAGUAAUAGCCUGGUAUCCGGUGAUGGACUUCACGCUCACGCCGGACGAGAAGAAAGCCUCGCGGCCAUAUCGAAACGCAAAGGACUUGGAUGAUCUACCAGAUUUUGGGCCAGUCCUCGAAUGGGGCCAUAUUCCUCCUGGACAGAACCUCCGUGAUCCACUAUUGAGCACUAGAUUUGCUCGCAGGGACGACCUUCCCAAACGGAUAUAUAUAAUCGGGGCAGAGUACGACAUGCUCGCUAAAGAAGCUAGGGAUACAGCUUUUGACCUUGCCGGUUUGAAUGAGGAAGAACGGAAAGAAGGGGUGUAUGGUUUUGAGAAGGAUACCUAUAAGUGGACACUGGUAAGAGAUGUUCGACAUGGCUUCACUCAUGACUUGAUGGACAAUAAAGGGCCGGAUGCAGAGGCUAUGCGGAAACUCAGGACGGAUGAAAUAUUGGAGCAGGUAGGAGACUGGCUAUUCAAAGGACCCUUCUCCAAACAUUGAGAUAUCCGAUGUCACUCAAAAACUAUGGCUAUCAUUACUUUCAUGUGAGCUUGUAGCAAUGCUUGGUUGGACAAAUGGGUUGGGUUAGCGUUAUACCAAUUGAAUUCUAUACUCUUGAUGUUAUAUUUUCAAUCG